CGGGAGGGAUCGCGCGUGAGGAUGCGGUGGCGCGUGGGUACGGCGCGCGGGCGUACGUCACGAGCGAGGCGCGGCGCGGAUACGCGGGCGCGGCGAUGUUCGUCCGCGACGGGUUUCAAUCGACGAUGCGAACGAUCGAGGCGACGGCGCUGUCGAAGUACGCGUUGAGUGAUGGGGAAAAAGAGGUUUUGACGCGGUUCGAUCUCGAGGGACGGGUGCUGACGUUGGAGACGGAUGGAUGUUUCGUCGUCUCGGCGUACGUCCCGAACUCAGGCGCGGAGCUCAAGCGUUUGCGAGAGCGAACGGAGACGUGGGAGCGCGCGAUGCGAGCGCAUUUGUGCGAGCUAAAGAAGGCAAAGCCGGUGAUUUAUUGCGGCGAUCUCAACGUCGCGCACGAGGAGAUCGAUCUGUGGGGGCGGCACAAGGAGAACGCCAAAUCCGCCGGGUUCACGCCCGAGGAGCGCUCCGCGAUGUCAACGCUUCUCUCCGAGUGCGAACUGGUGGACAGUUUCCGGCACAAACAUCCCGAUAAACGUGCGUACACGUACUGGUCCUACCGCGGUCGCGCGCGCGAGCUCGAUCGCGGAUGGAGACUCGAUUACGUUCUCGUCGACCGCCGGCUCGCCGAUUCCAUCGUCGACGCUGAAAUCUACCCCGACGUCACCGGAAGCGAUCACUGCCCCGUGAGCGUCACCGUGGCGCUGUAA